UACAUCAUGCAUCAUUCAUGAGAUACCAACGAUCAAAGUAAAGUUGUUAGUGUGUAAUUAGAUAUAUAAAACUUGUAAGCUAUCACUUACUGCUGCAGUGAACUCGAGACUGGAAGUGCAAAACAGAUGCAUCAAAAUCACUAAACAUUUAAUGCAUUCAGAUCACAGUGCAUCAUAAAAAUCUGCGGUUUUGGAAUGAAAUGGUUAACUGUUUGAGCUGCACUCUCCUUACAGAGCCUCUUUCCAAAAUGCUUCCUAUAUGCACCCCUCCCCCAGCCAACAUCUGAGCAUGCUCAGAAAGGCACUCAGGAGGGUACAUCUUUACAAAACAAAAGGUUAAUGGUGAGCCUUUGAACAGGAAGUAAAUGCUAGUGUUCAGAGGUUAUUUGGUUCUGGAGUGCAGGGAACUGCUGAAGGAGUUGUUUGCAAGUGAAAUCUUACAACUGGGUUUAAUACGCCUGUCUGUGUUUCUGAGAAGUGCAGGUUGUGGUGCUAGUAAAACAGAGCAAUGAAACUGAAGGUACCAAAAACCUUUAAAGAUGUUGCUGUUGCGUUUUCAAGAGAAGAAUGGCAAAUGCUGAGCAAAGAGGAGAAACAGCUACACCAACAGGUGAUGGUGCAGAACUACGAGCACAUGGUGUCAGUAGGAUACAAAAUACCAUUGGAAGAACUAGCAAUGCUGCUUGACCCUGAUAAACGUCCAUUUAGCAUGAUGGAAGAAAGAGUGACAUCACUUCAGCCGGAUCCACGUGACGUCCCCCAAGCAGUCCAUAGGUGGGCAGACUGUGAAGGUCGUCAGAGGUCAUUGUCAGAAGAUCACAUGAAUUCUGAAGACACCAAAAGCUUCACUGAUAGCAUGGCCAUAGCAGGACAUGAGGAUGUUCUCCACAGAAACCAUCAGAGUAAAUACAUGGAGUCUGACAUGAGUUUUACCCAGAAGAAUGAGAUAAAAAGCCCUCUGCAAAGGCAUGAAGUAAAAGAAUUAUGCAGCUACAGUAACUGUAAACAGAGUGGUACAUUUCCGUUUACUGUAAGAACAGAUGUUAAAAUCACUCAGACAAAUAAGAAUGGGUUUAUUUCCUCUCACUGUCUGAAUGUUUUCAGGAAAUUUAGAAUUAUUAAAGGUGAUAAAGAUAAGGAUAUACAAGUAACGCACCAAGAUUUCUUCACAGGAGAGGAAUCAUAUAAAUAUGAUCCAUUGGCCAAAAGCUUCAUAAAAAAGGAUAAAUCUGUAACUAUUCAAACUGGUGAGAGGCCGUAUAACCAUGUUGCAUGUGAGAUGAGUUUUUUACAGAAGAAUAACGUGACAUUACAAGAGAAUAUCCAGAAAACAGUGAAUCUCUAUAAAUGUAUCCCAUGUGGCAAGAGUUUUUCCAGUAAAGGCAGCCUUACAAACCAUGAAAGAAUCCAUAGAGAGGACAAAUUUUAUAAGUGUGCCACAUGUGGUAAGGGUUUUGCACGGAAGAGUAAUCUCAGAAAACAUGAGGGAAUUCAGAGUGGGAACAAAUCCCUUAUAUGUAUCCAAUAUGGCAAGAGUUUUCCCAGAAUAACCAGAUUUAAAAAUCAUGAAAUAAUUCAGAGAGACACAUGUGGUAAGAGUUUUGUAUGGAAGUGUCAGCUCAGAGAUCAUGCAAGAAUUCAUGGUGGGGAUAGACCACAUACAUGUGAUACGUGUGACAAGAGUUUUACACAGAAAUGGACCAUAAAAGUCCAUGAAAAAACACACAUUAAUUCUUAUACCUGUACCACAUGUAGCAAGUCUUUUAGAUGGAAGGACCAACUCACAGUCCAUGAGAGAAGACACACUGGAGAGAAGCCAUAUAAAUGUGCAUCUUGUGACGAGCAUUUUGCACGAAAGGACAAACUUAUUAUCCAUGAGAGAAUCCACAGUGGAGAAAAGCCAUAUAAAUGUUCAAUUUGUAGCAAAACAUUUACACGGAAGGACAGACUCGUAGCCCACAAUAAAAUCCAUAAAGUAAAUGCUGUAACUGUACCGCAUGUGGCAUGAGUUUUACACAGAAGGUUUACCUGAAAGUCCAUGAGAAAAGCUAGUAACUUGCCUUCUAACAAUGUAUGAACUAUAGACUGGAAUUGAUGCUGACACAGUUUAUAGUAAUUUAGAAGAAAGCUCAAUUAUGGCAGUAAAAGAAAGUCUGAUGGAACAAAGGAUCAUUUAUUGUUAAAGACAUAG